UGCGUAAAAGAAGCAGUGAGCUUGCUACUAGUAAAAUGGCUAGCUGCUGACUAUCUAGCUAGCCUGUGUAAGACGAGUCCUUAUGGCAAUUUGAUGUGUAGCUAGCUAACGUGUCCAUUGUUUAUUAUAACGCAACAUCUUGCAAACUAGCAUGUCAGCGACGAACAUCGUGUAUAAUGUGCUAAUAUAACUUUCUAGUACGCUCGCAAGUGUAACGUUGACAAAGGGGAAUAAAGCGAUCUGUGCAAAAUAAGGUGCACGAGAUGCAGGAGGGAAAUAUUAAUGACGCUUUGCCUACCUCCAAGAACCACACAGGCUCCCAUCCCAUGCAGACUCCGAAGAACGAGGAUGCCUAUGAAAUCUCCAUUCCCUUUGAGGAGAACAACUUUGAGCAGCAAGGCUUCUUCAAUCAGAAUGAGCAGAGUUUUGAAGAGUCGCCCCCUCCCUCGGGUGCCCCCCCACCAGGCAGCUCGUACCUGCUGAUAACCAACCUGCGGACGCAGCUGCAGAUCUCACUGGAGAAGAACUCGUGGCUGCACAAACGCAUCGAUGACCUGGAGGAGGAGAGGGACUUCCUGCGUUGCCAGCUGGACCGCUUCAUCUUCUCUACCAAGACCCAGGGCCAUCAGAACCAGGGCCCCAGCGAGAGCCAGUACAGCAACGGCUAUGACUCUAGACGUUUUGAAUGGAAGCCGAGGAGAGAGGGGGAGCGGCCAGCUGAGCAGAAGUCCGAGCCACAGCGUUUCACAUCUCGUCAGAUAUUCCAGCGAAGACCAUCCCCCACUGCCAUGGCCCCACCCAAAAACCACACUUCCAGCACGAUAGCCAAUCAGAUGGCCGCGAUGAGCUCCAUGUACAGCUCCGGGGCCUCCCAGAGCCUCUUGCAGGGGCACAGCAGUGGCAGUAGCAGCGCUAUUAGAGCCACCAUGAGUGACAUGAAUGCACACGGGAGCGUAGGGCCAGAUUCCCUGUCCCUCCUGGGGGAGGCCGAGGAGUUCCUGGAGCAGGAUGGCUACAUGAACGAGGAGGAAAUGAUUUCAGGAGAGGAGGUGAUGUCCGAGGGCAUGAGCAGCGGUGGGCACCCAGGGAUGAAGAGGAGGCGGGUCUUCCGAUUCACCAGGGAGAGACAGAGAGUCAAAGACGCUGCAGGGGUUCUGUUUCGCUACAAGAAGAUCCUGCUGACCUACCAGCGGCUGAAGAACAUGUCUAAGGCCUUCCAGAUCCACGGCGUAGACCGCAACACGGUGGCCUCCACCACGCCCAUCGCUGAGAUGCUGCUGGUGGCCCCGGAGAAGGUGGCGGAGGUGGGCGAGUUUGACCCGUCCAAGGAGAAGCUGCUGGAUUACGCACGGCGCUGCUACGUCGCCCUGGACGAGGAGACGCUAAGCAGGGUGCAGGCCCUGAAGAAGAACAACCUGCUACUACCCAUCUCCUACAGGUUGAAAGGAGGAGAGGAUUCUCUUAAAGAGAAGGAAAGUCACGCGACCACAAACUGAACAAAGCAAAGAGUAGUUGCACACUCUAUUGCUCAGAUUCCAUCCUUUAGUAGAAUCAUUCCAGUGUUCUGUCAGAAAGCUUCCAGGUUCUGAAACAAAGGAAGUUAGCUAGCUGACUGACCACUGGUGUUGUGUCUGAACCAGAACAACAGAAUAAGCAGAUAUUCUUUGCUUUCGAAGAAGGAUGGGGACAGUUUUGGGGACAGUUCUACUGUGAGGCUAAGCUGUUGUACCACAAAUACAUCACUUUUUUUGUUGCACCAGAAUAUAUUCUGUCACUGUAAAGUGCCACUGUAGCAUACAGUUGUGAGAUGUGUCAUUUGACUGAAGUGUGGUGUAGUAUAACAUCACGUACCCUUUGUACUGUGCUACGAAGAUGAGUUUUUUACUAUAAUAGUAGUAUAAUUUACUAUGCUAUUUCACCAUCAGUUGAGAUUUGUGCUUUCUUUUUUCAGUCCUAUACUGCAAUACUUUGUUUGCUUGGGAAUAAUUUAUUACAAUUAGAUUGCAUACUAUUAGGUUUCUCUUUUUUUUGUGUUCCAAUAAGCUCAGUGAUUUCCACAAAAGAGACAAAAUACAAAAUGUUGAUUUUUAUUUGAACAUGUCUAUGUAAAUCAAUAUCAAUCACCAGUUCCCCAUUACGAUUGCAUGUUAAAUUAACUCUUGUUGGUCAGUUGUUUAGACAGAGCUGUUGUUGAACUUAAUAAUGAUGUUAAAAAAACAAUAGCAGUAGUAUUGGCGAUGGUGUAAUAUAGUGGUAUAUUGUGUGUGUGUGUGUGUUAUACUGAAACUGGUACAAGGAAUUGCUGAGACCCCAGGUUGUCUGAGUGUGUGAAAGGGUACCUCUCACUUUAAACUUCAUGUCUUACUUAUUCACAACACAAACUCUCCCAGGGACGGGUAUCAGUGUGUACAACUGCUGAAAUCAUGUUAUGUUCCAACACCUUUUAUACGGGUCAGAGAUGUCAUUUUUACCAAUCAUUUACUGAAAGGUACCGUACAACCUGUAUAAUUUAAGAUACCGGUCUCUGUGUGCAGCAUUUCAAAAAUGUUUAAUAUUGUAUUUCUCUUCAAGAAUAAUGAAGAGUAGCCUGUAAUUCAUUGAUUAUGAUUAUACAAAUUGUAUGGACUGUAAAAAUAGAAAUGCCAUUAAAGCAUUUGAUUUCUUUAAAAAAUCCUGA